UAGAGUUAAUACUAAAAUACUUAAUUAUUAUUGAUUAUUGAUUGGUAUAUUUAGGUAACAUAAAGUUAGCAUGUAAGUUAGCACUAGAUUCGAUGUUAGAUGUUUACCGAUGAGUCACCGAUGACACUAAUCGUAACGCGUAACCGUAACACAUUCACCAGUUGACCCCCCAAGUCAAGCGUGCCAUAAGAAGUUUCACUUCAAUAUUGGCAAGCUUUACCUCAGAAACUAUUGGGUCAAGAGAGAAAAUUAUAUUCCCAUAUUAAAGCAAAUUUAGUUUACUUGAAAAACGUUUUAAAAAUAUACUAUCGAAAACAAAGUCUUUUAGGGUUUUAAUUGCCAAAAACUGAAAAAAAGUUGAAUUUAAUCGAUUUUUGUCAUAGACUUGGAUUAUUCAUUAGGCCAACAUCAUUAACUAAUCUGCAAAAAGUCAGAACUAACCGAAUUGACGAAACUAUAACCUAUUGCUAAAUUUGACAGUUUUAUGUUCGAUAAAAAUGGUAAAAGCUUAACUCCUACAAAAUGUACACCGCAAGAAGUAACAUGACGUAGGAAUCAUAAUAUUCAAUUUUCUAAGACUGCUAUCUACGCGUUCUGCAAAUAACAAAAUGCUUCUCGAAUUACGCAUGUCAUAGACUCUUAAACUUAUUUGAAUUUGGUAAAAUAUUAAAAUAAAGGUGCGUUGAAAUAAAAACUCUCCGCGCCAUCUAUUAUACAUCCGCGUAAACCCGGCGACCCGUUUCUCAGGCCCGCUCAGCUGUUUUCCUUAUCGAUUUUCACGAAAGGUACUAGCGAGUAGCCAAGUUAAGUUCAUUGCAACAUCUGUCAGUUACUGAAAACGUCAUAACCAUAUAGAAAGCUCAUAAAAGGGUCAAUACGUCACUAAUUCCGGCUAAUUGGUUACUCACUAGAUUACUGUGAUAGGAAAUUAGAAUCUAACAGUAUAAUAAGUGUUAAUUUUUCGGUGGAGAUUCCUGUGUAGGUUUAUUAUAAUUGAGUGCCAAAACUGCAAUUUUUAAUAAAAUAAUAUGGAGCAUCAUAGCGGCUUGCACAGAAGACAUUUUAUUAGCACUCGGGUUGACGAUAUUCCUAUGGACACCAUCCGUUUGGUGUCACCUAUUAAUAGAUUCGCGAUAUUUCAAGGAAAUUUCAGUAGUGAUGAUGACGAUUAUCCGGAAAAGCCGUACAAACUUCGGACGAAGCUGAUCAUCACAGGAUUAGUGAUAUUGGUCCUUGUCUCAGCACUGAGUGGUUAUCUCAUCGGCAGAAGUGACUACAACGCCAGGAGGAAUGCUGAACCUCCAGAUCCAGUCAACCCACUGCCACCUUCUCCGUCGUGGCUGCACACCUUCCAGAAGGCUGCAGUCUGCACAGACGCACCGCAUUGCUCUGAUAUUGGCAGACACAUCCUAUCCAUAAAUGGUUCGGCAGUGGAUGCCGCCAUCGCCGCCAUGUUCUGCAACGGGAUCCUGAACCAGCAGAGCAUGGGUCUGGGCGGGGGCUUCUUCAUGACCGUCUUCUUGAAGUCUGAGGAGAGAGCGUACACGGUGAACGCCCGCGAGAGGGCGCCGGCCGCUGCCACUGAAAACAUGUUCCACGGAAGCAACGACAAAGCCUCUAAAGGUGGACUUGCAGUAGGCGUGCCCGGAGAACUGAGGGGCAUGUGGGCAGCUCACCAGCGCUGGGGCAAACUCCCGUGGAAGCGGCUGGUUAGCCCCACUCUGGAGUUUUGCAAGUACGGCUUCCCGAUCUCCAAAGUGCUCUACGACGGCUUAGAAGCGGCUCCAUACAUUAAAAACGACCCAUUAUUAAGUAAAGUCUUCACAACGAAGGGAGCAUUUCACACUCCUGGUACUAUAGUGAAACCACCAGAGGCCUUCUGUAACACUCUCCAGGUCAUCGCAGAGAAGGGUGGCGACGAGCUAUACAACGGCAGCCUGGCCACGACCCUCGCGGACGACUUUCAUACGGCUGGCAGCAUCAUCACUUUAGAAGACCUAAGGAACUAUGAAGCCGAGAUACAAGAACCUAUAUCGUUCUCACUGACCAACGGGGACACAUUGUACGCCCCGCCGCCGCCCAGCAGCGGUGUCAUCCUAGGUUACAUCCUGAACAUACUCCAAGGGUACAACUUCACUGCGAGUAGCAUCAACACGACCGAUGACAAGAUUCUCACCUAUCAUAGGAUAAUAGAAGCGUUCAAGUUCGCCUACGCGACCAGAACUAAGCUGGGCGACAUGAACUUUUUGAAUUUGGAAGAGCUAAUGCGCAACGUCAGCAGUCCCAGCUACGCCGAAGCCACCCGGCUAAAGAUUGACGACGCACGAACCAGUAACGACUCACGGGUGUACGGCGCACAACAAUACAACCAGCCUGACUCCGGCACCGCGCACAUAUCCAUCAUAGCUCCCAACGGUGACGCUGUAUCCGUCACCAGCUCCGUCAAUUACUACUUCGGCGCCGGCUUCACGACCCUCAACACCGGCAUCAUAAUGAACAACGUCAUGGACGACUUUUCGUCGGCCGGGUUCGCAAACUACUUCGGACUGCAGCCAUCGCCGGCCAACUUCAUAGCGCCGGGCAAGCGGCCACUGUCCUCCAUGAGCCCCAGCGUUCUGGUGGACAGGAAUGGCAACGCCAAAAUGGUGAUUGGCGCGUCUGGUGGCACCAAGAUCACAACUGCUGUUGCUUUGGUGAUGAUGCGCAAGAUUUGGUUCGAGCAAACGAUAAAGGAGGCGGUUGACGAAGCGCGGUUCCAUCACCAAAUAUUUCCCAUGACGGUCGAAUACGAAUAUGGAGUGCUUGCGGACGUUAUACAUGGGCUGAGAGCGAAAGGCCACGGACUGAAGCGCUACAAGGGUCGAGGGUCAAUAAUCUGUGCCCUUUUUAGAAAUAAAACCGGGAUAUACGCCAACGCAGACUUCAGGAAAGGAGGCGAUGUCGCUGGCAUGGACUAAAGCUCUGAUCACCUGAAAUAGCGGUGCCAUCAUAAUUAUAGC